AUGGCAAACACGCACCAGCUCUCAAGCGAGCGUCCUCACCUCGGCUCUCCUCCGAGCAAUGACACCGACUGCCUUCGACAACCGAUCACAACGUUCACAGCUCUGCUACGCGCAGCUCAAUCGACUGAUAUCGACACCCCUGCCGAAGUCAACCGGAUCGAAGCAACGAUAACACCUCAUUCUUCGGUAAAUAAGCGCCGGCUUCGAAAUCGCGUCUCUUGCCGCAAAACACGCCUCAAACGUAAACUCCAGCAGCAUCUGCUCGAGACUCUAGCCCGUGAACGUCAUGCGCGACAUGACUAUCUGGAACAUCUCGACACUCAACUUCGUUCCACAAGCAAUCACCACCAGCGAGACUGCAAACUCUUCCGUGAAUUUGCCGCAAAAAGCCUGCACUACGCACUGGUUGACCCAGAAUACGGCGGGUGGUUUGACGCCGGCAUGGAUCAAGAGCCACAAGCUUUUGGAGAGCAACUUGGAUACGACAACGAAGAAGUUGACCAUUUACAAAUGAGAAGAUCCAAGUGCAUAAAGCGCGGCCGUGGCGAUGACGUUUCGAGUGCACUCCGGAAGAGAUCCCAAACUUCACAAUCUUUGCUCUUCGAGCAGUGGCAACCAAUUGUUGAUGAGCUGCAAAAUAUCGACUUGCAGCUGCACCAGAUGGACGAGAAUGAGCUUAUCCCUGGAGUCUUUGAUCGGUACUGCUACUGGGAUCUCGUCGGUGUGAGCAUCGUAAAAGUGAAACAGGCCGGUGAAAUUGCUACGGUUGCAGUCUCCGGUGUCACCAGACUACGAUUUCGCGGCCGUCAUAUAAAGGAAGUUAGUAUCAGCACUAUUCGACGCGAAGAAAAUGUUCCUUGCGAUUUUAAUACGAGCAGCUUAUACACGCCAAAGCCCGAUAUACAGUCAGAAGCAGGUGACGCUGCAUGA